GAGUCUAGGUAGAGAGCAUCGCCUUUGCCCCUGAUGACCGUCCCGUCUCGUUGUAAUUGCCUCCUUCGUCAAACUGUGAGACAUCCCAAAUUGAAUCUAUUCGAAUCGAAAUCAGAGUUGUCUGGUUUUUACAACGCACUUCGUGCACGGUUUUCGGUGCGGAUCCCAUGUAAUGCUUGUUUGCCCACAAAAAAUCGUCCUGUCAGGGCAAAAUCAUCAUGGAUCCCCCAAUGACAUACAACCCAGUACCGGAUGCUCGAGGCUAGUUUGCACUUGCUCGCUAGGCCGAGGUCUGUUGAGGAGCUUCCCAAAUAGUCCACUCCUCGCUGCCAUUCUGUCGCCGAAGCUUAAAGGAACAACGGCGUCGCGUCCUCGUAGAUCGUGCAGGAAGCAUCGUUCAUGGUCAGAAUCACGUAAUUUGUCCGAGCCGCUGGCCAAUUCGAAUCCCAAUCCCCGGCGACAUGAGCCCAUGGCCAGAAACUUCAAAGAACCCAUGCAUUUCCGCUUCACCGAGGGAGCGAGCCUUCCGAUUGACGAAUCCUGGUGCAAUCGCGCCGUUGAAGUCGAUGGCGAGGAUUGGAAAUAUAGCGUCAACUCGUUGUCGCACGCCAUGGUUGGAAAGAAAAGCACAUCGAUCUUGCUGAAGAACGCGCUUUGAGCACCUUGUUCCACUCCGCCAACGAAGCCCACCGGUUGCCUCCUAGGUGGGAACCAGUUCACGAGAUCCUAGCACAAGUUGCGUAGCAACGGCAUGUUGAAGGGCUGUCGAAAGGCGUUGAUCUCCCAGAGUACCUGCGGACUCAUCAUGUUGUCCUGUGGAUUCGACUUGUCGCGACGAGAUCUGUGAAAUGAAGAUU